GAGUAACUCCUCGCAGAGGCCUCUGGGAGUUAUAGUUUUCGCCUUGGACUCUCAAUGACGCAAUUCCUGUGCGACACCUUACCGGCUUCCAUUGCUCGGCGCCGGCGGUGAGAGCCUUGUUCCGCGGAUGGCGUUCGUCACCCAUUGUGGUCACCCGGUCACCUGAGACUGGAGUGGCCGCGAGCCCUCUGGCUGCUAUCCUGCUGCCCAUUCAGGGUUUGGAGGAGCCGGAGGUGCGGAAUUCCUCCAGUUUCAACGCGGCGGGACGGGACAGAACUCAUCUCUCCUGCUUCAGACCUGGGACGGUGGCGUGACCCUAAUCUCCUCCCUCGCGUCCUGUCACCUCCUGCCACACGAAACUGACCCCAGGGAUGGCCACAAGGGUCCGGACAGCUUCUAUCUGGGUCCCACCUCUCCAAGAACGAAACAGUUCAUGGGAUAGGAUCAGAAAGCUCCAAGAUCAGGAAUCCAUCUUGGGCCAAGGGACUCCUAAUCUGCAACGUCUCCCUGGAACACCUGGGCAGAAGCAGAAGAGUCACAGGACAGAGAAAGUUCUAGAGUGUCUAUUUAUUUCCCAAGAGCAGCCCCAAAUCACCAAGUCCUGGGGACCAUUGUCAUUCAUGGAUGUGUUUGUGGAUUUUACCUGGGAGGAGUGGCAGCUGCUAGACCCAGCUCAGAAGUGCCUGUACAGGAGUGUGAUGUUGGAGAACUAUAGCAACCUGGUAUCCCUAGGGUAUCAACACACCAAACCUGACAUCAUCUUCAAGCUGGAACAAGGAGAAGAGCUGUGUAUGGUACCAGCCCCAAUUCCAAAUCAGUGCUGUCCAAACAAAGUCUGGAAAAUUGAUGAUCUUAUGGAAUGGCAUCAGGAAAAUCAAGGCAAGCUGAGAAGUAUGGCCAAAAGCUUUGAAUGCACUGCAUUUGGAAAACUAUGUCUUCUUAGUACAAGUUAUCUUUCGAGACAAAAACCUCAUACGUGUGGCACACAUGGAAAGAAUUUGAAAUAUAUAGAUUUCACUAGUAAUUAUGCUCGAAAGAAUCCUAACGGGAUUCAGGUACAUGGGGAAUCAUUCCUCCAUUCUAAACAUGAGCAAACUAUUAUUGGAAUAAAAUACUGUGAAAGUAAUCAAUCUGGAAAAACUGUCAAUAAGAAAUCACAACUUACGUUACAGCAAAUGUAUAUGGGAGAAAAACUCUUUGGAUGCAGCUAUUGUGAGAAAGCCUUCAGCAGCAAGUCAUACCUUGUAGUGCAUCAGAGAACUCAUGCAGAAGAGAAACCCUAUGGGUGCAAUGAAUGUGGGAAAGACUUCAGUAGUAAAUCAUACCUCUUUGUACAUCAGAGAAUUCAUACAGGAGAGAAACUACAUGAAUGCAGUGAAUGUGGAAAAAAAUUCAGUUUCAAUUCAGAACUUGUUAUACAUCGGAGAAUUCACACAGGUGAGAAUCCCUAUAAGUGCUAUGAAUGUGGUAAAGUCUUCAGUAGGAAAGACCAGCUUGUUUCACACCAGAAAACUCAUUCAGGACAGAAACCGUAUGUGUGUAAUGAAUGUGGAAAAGCUUUUGGUUUAAAAUCACAGCUCAUUAUACAUGAAAGAAUUCAUACAGGAGAGAAACCAUAUGAAUGCAGCGAAUGUCAGAAAGCCUUUAAUACAAAGUCAAACCUUAUGGUACAUCAGAGAAUGCAUACAGGGGAGAAACCCUAUGUUUGUAGUGAUUGUGGAAAAGCCUUUACAUUCAGUUCACAGCUCAUUGUACAUCAGGGGAUUCACACAGGAGUAAAGCCCUAUGGGUGUAUUCAGUGUGGGAAGGCAUUCAGUUUGAAAUCACAGCUCAUUGUACAUCAGAGAAGUCACACAGGAAUGAAACCUUAUGUAUGCAAUGAAUGUGGCAAAGCCUUCAGGAGCAAGUCAUACCUUAUUACACAUCUAAGAACUCACACAGGAGAAAAACUCCAUGAAUGCAAUGAUUGUGGAAAAACCUUUAGUUUUAAGUCACAGCUCAUUACACAUCAAAGGAUUCAUACAGGAGAGAACCCCUAUGAAUGCCAUGAAUGUGGGAAAGUCUUCAGUCGGAAAUACCAGCUUAUUUCACACCAGAGAACUCAUGCAGGGGAGAAGCCUUAUGAAUGCAUUGAAUGUGGAAAAGCUUUUGGUUUAAAAUCACAGCUUAUUAUACACCAGAGAACUCAUACAGGGGAGAAACCAUUUGAAUGUAGUGAGUGUCAGAAAGCCUUUAAUACAAAGUCAAACCUGAUUGUACAUCAGAGAACUCAUACAGGAGAAAAACCCUACAGUUGUAAUGAAUGUGCAAAAGCCUUUACGUUCAAGUCACAGCUCAUUGUACAUCAAGGAGUGCACACUGGAGUAAAACCCUAUGGAUGCAGUCAGUGUGAAAAAAACUUUAGUUUGAAGUCCCAGCUCAUUGUACAUCAGAGAAGUCACACAGGAGUAAAACCAUAUGGAUGCAGUGAGUGUGGGAAAGCCUUCAGGAGCAAGUCAUACCUUAUUAUACAUAUGCGAACUCAUACAGGAGAGAAACCACAUGAGUGCAGUGAAUGCGGGAAAUCCUUUAGUUUCAAUUCACAACUCAUUGUGCAUCAGAGAAUUCACACAGGAGAAAAUCCCUAUGAAUGCAGUGAAUGUGGGAAAGCCUUUAAUAGGAAAGACCAGCUGAUUUCACAUCAACGAACUCAUGCAGGGGAAAAGCCUUACGGGUGCAGUGAAUGUGGGAAAGCUUUUAGCAGCAAGUCAUACCUCAUUAUACACAUGAGAACUCAUUCAGGUGAGAAACCAUAUGAAUGUAAUGAAUGUGGGAAAGCCUUCAUUUGGAAGUCACUACUCAUUGUACAUGAGCGAACUCAUGCAGUGGUGAACCCUUAUAAAUGCAGUCAGUGUGAGAAGUCCUUCAGUGGGAAAUUACGGCUUCUGGUACACCAGAGAAUGCACACAAGAGAGAAACCAUAUGAAUGCAAUGAAUGUGGAAAAGCCUUCAUUAGGAAUUCUCAGCUCACUGUGCAUCAGAGAACUCAUUCAGGAGAGAAACCCUAUGGGUGCAAUGAAUGUGGGAAAACAUUCUCUCAAAAAUCAAUUCUCAGUGCACAUCAGAGGACACAUACAGGAGAGAAGCCCUGUAAGUGCACUGAAUGUGGGAAAGCCUUUUGUUGGAAGUCACAGCUGAUUAUGCAUCAGAGAAUUCAUAUAAAUGACAAACAUUGAUGAUAGUAUGAAACUCUGAAAAGUGAAUUCACAAGAGAUACCAACAAAAGCAUAUAUAAAGAGAAACUCUAUAAGUGGAGUCAUCUUGUUAUCCUCCAGAAAACUCAUACUGAAUAGAAACUUUGUGAAUACACUGCAUAUGGAAAGGCAUCCACAGAAAGCUGUUCUUUACAUGAAAAAAGAUAGUAGAAAAUACACAGGAAAACUAUGAAUUUAACUCCUCUGAAAAUCUUCAGCAGCAAAUCAUCUUUUUUUAAAAAAAGUUCAUACAGAUGAGGAACCAUGUUAAAUGAAUGUUGUAAAGUUGUUUUAUUAAUAUAAGAUUCACAAAGAGGAAACUUCAUAAACCAAAGAAAUACAGAAUAGUCUUCUUUGAAGUUCAUAGUAUACAGGCUUUUAGUGAAAGAAAUUAUUGAGCUAAUGAAUGGCAGAAUUAACAAAAUUACAAACAUUUUACAUAUCGGAAGCUUAUACCUUGAAGGAACCAUGUUAUAAAGGAAGUUUUAAAUCUAGAAAUGACAAAUCCCUGGGGGAGAAAAAAAUAUAUAUAUAGGAAUGAACACCUAUGAAUAUAUCAAGCCACAGCUGGACUGUUAAACUCACUUUGUAUCGGAAGCUUCAUUCUAA